AUGCGCGGCGGAGAACCCAAGCUGUCGCCGGCUGAUCCGCGCCAUCCUCGAGCCAUGGACAAGUUGCAACGAUUUCUUACCUCUGUGGAUGAGACCUUAUGCAAAUAUGUUGUAUGUCAACACCCGCCGUGCUGGGAAACUAUGAGACGGUUAGAGCGCGGGUUUCCACGCAUCAGCUUGCAAUCUGAACCCAAACUCCCUCUGGAAAGUGAAGGUGAUCUACCACUGCUGCAUAUACUGGACCUCCCACAGUGGAGUGCAGAUCAAGGUAUUGAUGUAUCAAUAGUACCCUUAACUUCAAGGAAAACACCUGCAAGCUCACAGUCAUAUAAGUUAUCUCCCCAUCCAGAUAACCUACAAUCUGCCAGUUUGCUGGGGACCAGCAGGGAAAGCAGUUUGGAUUUUAUGCAGUUUACCAGAAGUUGCUCUUGUUCUCCUUUAACAAGGGACAGACUUGUCGAUCUCAGAAAGGUUGAGGUGAUGGAGCUGAAUCAACAGACUUCAUCCUGUGACCAGUACUUGGGGAAGAAUAUUUUUAUCUGGGUUCCAAAUCUUCAGAACAAGAGGAAAUGGCAGAAGGAACAUGCAUAUUCCAUCGUAACUCCACAGUCUGUGUCUGUCAAAGAAAUCAGCUUCCAGGGUCAGCCGUAUGAUGAGCUUGUUGGACUAUCAGUGGAACAGAAACAAAGACAAAAGAAUAAGAAGGCGAAAAAGAAGACAGCAAAUGAAUGGCAUCCAUACACUUACCUUGCCAGGAAUCAGCAGAGACUUAAGGGAUGGAAGGAUACGCUGCACUCAUUGAAUAAAGAGCACAGAAAUGAAUUACCAGAAAUUAUGGAGGGGUUCCUGACUCAACCGUACAACAGUGACCAUGUAACAGAACAAAUUCUAACACAGCAGUAUUGCUCUACCAAGAGCCAAUCUUUGUUUAAUCACUAUGAGGACCAAGGUGCUAGAAAAAUUCCAGCUCACGUUAUGCUUAUCCCUGUCAGUAAGAAAAUUACCCUGCACCAUUUCAAUGAGAAGCAGAAACAAGCUCAGUCAACUUUGCAUUCCAGAGGUUCACAUAGAAUGGAUGCACAGCAUUUGAAAGUCAGAAGUUUGGACAUCAAUCACCUGAAGAUCCAAACAUACUUUGAUAACAAUCUUUCUGUCAUCAAAGAGAACACCGAUUCAGAUCCAGAUUAUAGGCACCCACCUUCUCCUGUCCUCUCAACAAAUGGUGUUGAUCCUAUUGAUACACUGAAUACGAAAAGAGAUACCCAUUCAAUUAUUAUGGUUAACAAGUUCUUAAUGGCUGAACCUGGAUCACAAGAAACAGGGAGCUCAAGUUUAACCACUUCUGUGUAUUCACAGGAGAACAAUAUCUUGACAAUCCCUACAGCCGAGGUACAAAAUACAAAGUGGACUAAAAUGGGAACUUCAACAACGGAACAGGCAGGCUUCAAGGACCAGCAUAGCAGUCCUGCUGACAAUCAGAAGGAGCAGCAGGAUCUCAUCACUGCCACUGAAAUUACACCUCCAAUUGAGGGACAAGAAGGUUCGGAGGACCAGAGGGCCAUUUCUAUUGACAAGCAGGAUCAACAGCAGGAUCUCAGCACUGCCACUGAAGUCAGACCUUCAUUUGUGGAAAAGGCAGGUUCUGAGGAUCAGAGUACCAUUCCCUUUGACAAAAUGGAUCAACAGCAGGAUCUCAGCACUGCCACUGAAGUCAGACCUUCAUUUGUGGAAAAGGCAGGUUCUGAGGAUCAGAGUACCACUCCCAUUGACAAAAUGGAUCAACAGCAGGAUCUCAGCAUUGCCACUGAAGUGAAACCUCAAAUAAUGAAACAAAUGGGCUCUGAGAUCAAGAAUAAAUUUCUAAUUGCCAAAGAGAAUGAACUGCAAGAUCUCAGCACUGUCACUGAUGUAGGACCUCCGACAGUGGAGCAGGGAAACUUUGAGAACCAAAACAGCUUCCCAACUGUUGAAAGAAAUGAAUUGCAAGAAACUAAAUGGGUAGACACAGAGGAUCAGAACACAGUAAUAACUGAUCUCAGUCCUGCCACAGAAAUGCAGAUUCCAAUAAUAGAUCAAGGGAUUAAUGACCAGAAUGACCUUCCAGUUACAGAAAGAAAUGAACAGCAUGAUUUGGGAGUUGCCACUGAAAGCACAGUUUUGAUCUGAGGACAGAGGAAUGAUGAGAGAUCUGAAGAUCCUCAGGAUGCUGUUAUAGUUGCUGAAAGUGUUGAUGGCAGCUCCCAUUGAAAUAUUAUCUUCACAUAUCGUAAACAUGGAUCAGAGGGAGACUGAAAUUUAAUAUUGUCAAUAGAAGGAGAAUUAUCAACACAAGCUGAUUCUUUCUUCACUUUCAUACUUAAAAAUUUACAGAACAGAUAGAUUUUGUUUUCAAAUGAGACACCAUGAUUUAGGAACAUCAACCUUUACAAUGAAUUGUGCUGAUCAAGCUGGAGGGUGUUGAUGUGGUUGUUUUACAAUCCAUUUUCUGCUUCAGGUACUCCAAGCCCAGAGACAAUUCAGUCAAACAUCGGUCUGCACAGUUGCACUGUAACUGGAAUUCAGCACCAGAUCAGCACUCCUACUAGAUCAGAGGAAUAAUGUACUGUGAAUGACCAUGCUUCCUGAAGCAAUCAAUUUACUGUCCAUUACAUUACAAACUUUCCCCUCUACUAGCUGUUGGUUUACUGAAAUGUGUUCAUUUUUAUCCCUUCUUUGGCUGUGUUCACUAAAUGCAGUAAAAUAUUAUAAAAAGUAAUUUUUGUUAUUUUAACAUUUUCCUUGCUAUUUUCUAUUUUGCUUUUCUUUCCUCAGUUACUUCUAUAUUUUAGUGACGUAAGAAAUAGAAACAAAAUAAUUUGGCCCCUUGUGCCUGGGUGGACAUUGAUUAAGAUUUCAGCUGAUGUUCAGCUGACUGUGUACAGUCUUUCCUAACAUAGUUCUGUGUUCCUUGAUUUUCUUAAUGUCUUAAAAAAUCUUGAUCUCUGCUACAUUUAGUGACUGUACCUUUUGGGUGGGGAAUUCUAAAGAUUCCCUACCCCCGAGUCAAAUAAUUUCUCUUAGUCCUGAAUAUCCAACUUAUUAGAGUCCAUGAUUAGUUCUAGACACUCUCCAGCCAGCAAACAAAAUCACUAUGCAUCUAUUUUGUCAAGCCCCAUAGGGCUUUAUACUUUCACACUCAGUUAUAAUCCUAGAGAAUGUUGGAGUACUCUCAAAGGGCUAGGGAGACUCUUCCUGCUCCUAUUUCUCACAUUUAUAAUAAACCAUGAAACGUGGCUGCACUCCCUUUAUCUUAUCUUGGUGGAGAGAGAGGACCUGCACACAAUUUGCAAAUGCAAUCUGACCUGGCCCCAAUGUAACUGCAGCAUGACAACUUUAGUAUUCAAAUUCUCUUGCAAUAAAGCCCACCAUACCAUUUCAUUUCCUACUACUUACUUAAAUAAUUUUAAUUUUAAAUUUAUUUCAUGUUAAUUUUAAAUAAUUUGUGUACAAGAACACCAAUGAAUACCAACACCUUUCAAUGUCCCAUCAGUUAAAAAUAUUUAAUUGAAUUUAUUUAUUUAACUCAUACUUCCAUCCCACAACUUGAGGAAGUAAAAAUUUUUGUGUUAUGACUCCAUUGCAAUGUGAAUUUAUAAGUCUAAUGACUUGUAGAAAGAGGCUGUCCUGUAGCCUAUUCAGAUUCAGAUUCAGUGUAUUGUCAUUUAGAAACCACAAAUGCAAUGCAGUUAAAAAAUGAAACAAUGUUCCUCCAGAAUGAUAUCACAAAAGCAUAUGACAGAACAGACUACACUAGAAAAUCCACAUAACGUUUGGCAAUCCCCAAUCCAGAGUCCGGAGAGGCUGCUGGUCCUGGUUUUAAUACUGCGUCACUGUUUGUCAGACAGAAACAGCAGAAACAGUUUAUGGCUAGGGUGACUGGUGUUCCUGAUGAUCUUCCAGGCCUUCUUUCUGCACCUGCUGUUGUAAAUGUCCUCAAUGGAGGGAAGUUCACGUUGACAGAUGUGCUGGGCUGUCUGUACCACUCUCUGCAGUGCCCAGCGAUUAAGGUUAUAGUUCCUGUACCAGGUGGUGAUACAGCCAGUCAAGAUGCUCUUAAUGGUGCCUCUGUAGAAGUCUUGAAGAUUUGGGGGCUCUUGCCAAACUUCUUCAGUUGCCUGAGGUGGAAGAGAUGCUAUUGUGCUUUUUUGCCAGAUGGCCAGUGUGUACAGUCUUUCUACAUUUUGUUAGUACAAUGUCUUUCUAUAUUUUAUUUUGCCAGAGAGGAUAAUAUCAUACUUUACAAGAAUUUAUCUCCCCAAAGGGCUCUGUAUCCAGUGAUAACCCACUAGCACAAUCUCAAUGAUCUGUCUCUAUGUUUCAAUUCUGCUCUCUGUCCAUUAACCAAUGUUAAGACCACUAUGGUGUGGUACACUCAAUGAUAUGCUCUUCUUUUAAAAUAACUUUGUGGCAUAUUUUCAACAGCUUUUUGAAUGUUCAGAUACAAAACAUCCAUUGUUUGGCCCUUAUCUUGUUAAUCCUAACCUUAAAAAAUGGAUUUGUCAAAUAUGAUUUCUCUAUCAUAAAUCCUUGUUGAAUAUGGCCAAUCCCAUUAUUCAGUGUUUAAGUAUGAAAAUAGAUCCCAGCAUUUCCCCACGACUGAUUUCAGUGGAAUUGGUUUAUACUUUCCUGUUCCCUUUUAUAUUUAGUGGGGAUAUAUUCUAAACUUUUUGAGAACCAUUCUAGAAUCUAUGCAAUUUUAGAAGGUGACAACAGUACUUCAAUGGGCUUUAUAGUGAGAUGUUUAAAAUAUGAUGCAGGUUGUUGGGUCCCCGGGGUUAAUACCUUUCAGUUCCAUUAAUUAUAAUUGCUUACUAAUACUAUGAUUUCCUCUUUCACCAUAGACCUGUAGUUCUUUGCUUUUUUUAAGGAUUGUCUUUUUUCAUAAAUGCAGGUACAACAUAUUUAUUUAUUCCCAUUUCCUUAGUCUCCAAUAAAAUAUAAUUGUCUCCUGUCUUGGUCUGUAAGGGAUCUUUUCCUUUUUAAUCUGUCUUACAGGUUAUAUUUCAUCAGGAUGAAUCACUUUCAGACUAAGGCUACAUUGGUUACCACCAAUGAUCCUCAUGAAAUGUGCUUGUAAUUGCAGGGAUUCCUAUGGACUGUACCACACUUGGCUUCAGAUCCCCAUUAUUCUAAUGUAAAAGAAAUUUUCUGAUAACAUUCUUGAAUUUCCAUCAUUCACCUGAACCAUCCCAACCCCAUUACCUCUGGAAGAAGCCUUUCAUAAUUGGCACACAUCUGUAUUUUCAAACUCUCAGCUGACUAAACUUUGGACCUCCAUUCAUUUUAUCUUCUGUAUCUAUCAAACCCCUUAACUCAUUCAGACACUCCAGUUCCACAGCAACCAACUUUUCAAGGGCAUGUAAACCUUAAUCAUCACAGCUACUUUUUAUCCAAAUAUAACUGCCCACCACUGAUGCGUUCAAAUGCCCUAAUUUCCUCACUAAUGCUACUUUACAACUUAUUCCUUUAUUCGUGGCC